CGGGCCGGGCUGCGGCGCGCGCGUGGGGAAGCGCGGUGCCGGCGGUGCUCGCGGCGCUCGCCAUGUCGCGAGAGACGAGGAGCGACGCCCGGCAGUCCCAGGGCACCCAGCCGUCCCAGGGCGGCACCAGCUCCUCCUCCAGCGCCUCGCAGGGCGCCAGCCAGUCAUCCUCCAGCUCCGGCACGCUCAGCUCGCUGGACACCGUGCCCACGCAGGAGCUGCCCUCCGUUCCCGAGGACCCGGAACCCGACGAGCUCGUUCCCCAGCCGUGGGGUCGGCUCUUCGCGCUCGGAAAAGGUUUCAGCAAUUGGGACUGUGUGAAUGAUGAGUACUGGUUUGGAAGAGACAAAAGCUGCGAUUACAGUUUUUCUAAGCUCGGAUUAUCUGAGACUGGAUUUUACCAGAACUACAGCAAGAAGCACUUCCGAAUUUUCAGGGAAAUGGGACCAAAAAAUUCGUACGUUGCCUACAUUGAAGACCACAGCGCGAAUGGAACUUUCAUUAAUAGGGAGCUCAUAGGGAAAGGGAAGAGGCUUCCUCUGACUCAUAACUCUGAAAUCGCACUGUCCAUUCAGACUAACAAGGUGUUUGUCUUUUCUGAUCUCACGGUGGAUGACCAGUUGGUGUUUCCUAGAGAAUUCCGAGAGAAGUACAUCAUGUCAAAGACUUUGGGAAGUGGUGCCUGUGGAGAAGUCAAACUGGCGUUUGAGAAGAGCACUUGUAAUAAAGUUGCAGUAAAGAUAAUCAACAAGCGGAAGUUCAUGGCCAGUGGUGUUAGAGAGGCAAACCCGGCUUUUAAUAUCAACACAGAAAUAGAGAUUUUGAAGAAAAUAGAUCAUCCCUGCUUAAUCAAGAUCAAAAACUUCUUUGAAGCAGAGGAUUACUACAUUGUUUUGGAACUGAUGGAAGGAGGAGAAUUGUAUGACAGAGUGUCAAGGCCAAUCAAGAUGAAAGAAGCUACCUGCAAGUUGUACUUUUAUCAGAUGCUGCUGGCUGUGAAGUAUCUUCAUGACAAUGGAAUCAUACACCGGGAUCUGAAGCCAGAGAACGUGCUGCUUUCAUCUUCUGAAGAGACGUGUCUGAUAAAGAUUACAGAUUUUGGACAAUCCAAGAUUCUUGGAGAAACUUCUCUUAUGAAAACAUUAUGUGGUACUCCCACGUAUCUUGCUCCUGAGGUUCUAAAUUCACUUGGGACUGCUGGAUACAGCCGAGCUGUGGACUGCUGGAGUUUAGGAGUUAUUCUUUUUGUAUGCUUGUGUGGAUAUCCGCCAUUUAAUGAGCAAAAUACUCAACUAUCUCUGAAGGACCAAAUCACUCGUGGAGAAUACACGUUCAUUUCAAAAGAAUGGAAACACGUAUCCAACAUGGCUCUGGAUCUUGUGAAGAAGCUGUUGGUAGUGGAUCCAAGCAAACGUUUUACGAUAGAGGAAGCCUUAGAGCAUCCCUGGCUUCAGGAUGAGGAUAUGAAAAAUACAUUUCAACAACUACUUGCUCAGACAAGUGCCACUAUGAAUCCACCACAAACAUCAAAAAUGUUACAGGAGGGAGACUUUAUCCAGCAUCUGUAAUUCUGCAGUAGACAAAACAGUCAGGCUCUGUCUUACCUGAUUAAUGUAGCCAUCCUGCUGCAUCUUUCCUUUAGCCAAUUGCUACGAGAAAACGUCUCCAUGACAAUGAGGAUGAACCUGUCUCUUCUAAGCAUGCUGCUCCUUCCACGUCAUUUCAGAAAAUGAGGUGAAAAAGGGACUUUUUUUGUUAAUUAUUGCUUUAUUUUAUGGAGAGCAGAAUUUUUAUUUUUUAAAAUCCUAUUGUUGGAAUAACUACUGAAGAUGCAAUUGAUAAAUAAAAAUAACUUUGUAAGAGUGAAGUUACUGCUGUGUAUGCAUGGGGAUUUACACAAGUAGUCAUUCUGGAGUUCAUCCAUCUGUUUGAUUCAAGAGGAGUGUCAGGAAAAGAUGUUUCUUCUUGGAUGAAGUUAUGAAAAAACUUGAGGCUAAAUUCAUUACCAUCUACACUUCUGCAUUCUUCUGUUCCAAUUUCUAGCUUAUGUUUGAAGGUAUUGCUUAGUAUCCUCCUACAUGAAAUGCAAAGUUUGAGCUUUUGCCUUAACUGUAGUAUUACCAGGCACAAAAUUAUGUCUGUGAACUCCUCAGGAAAUGCAUAAAGAGAAAUCCACUAUGACAAGGGCUAUGGUUAGAAUAACUGCAGUCCUUAAAAUGCCUGUACCUGCUAACUGUCCUCUUCUUGAAAAGU